AUGGAGAUGGGACACAUUCUUGCUGAUAACAUAAGAAUGAGUGGACUGUGUCAGACCAAGGCCUUUUCUCCAACAGUGACCAGAGAUGGAUAUCGAGGAAAAAGUAGGAGGGGUUAUGAAUACAGCCGGAGUGGGAACCCUACCCGGAAUUGCCUGGAGAAGGCUGUGGCAGCGCUAGAUGGAGCUAAAUACUGUUUAGCUUAUGCUUCUGGCUUAGCUGCUACUUUGAAUAUUACUCACCUGUUAAAGGCAGGGGACACGAUUAUCUGCAUGGAUGACGUCUAUGGAGGGACAAACAGAUACUUCAGGAAAGUAGCCAUGAAAAUGGGUUUGAAUGUAGUUUUUGUUGACUGCGCAAAAAUGGAAUGCCUGGAAGCUGCAAUUACACCAGAGACCAAGCUCGUUUGGAUUGAAACGCCCACAAACCCCACACUGAAGGUCAUUGACAUUCAGGCCUGUGCAGAUGUAGUACAUAAGCAUAAAGAUGUUCUUCUAGUGGUAGACAACACUUUUAUGUCUGCAUAUUUCCAGCGUCCUUUAUCUCUGGGGGCUGAUAUUUGUAUGUAUUCUGCAACCAAAUAUAUGAAUGGGCAUAGUGAUGUUGUAAUGGGACUUGUUUCAGUAAACUGUGAUGAUCUCUACGAAAGGCUGAAAUUCUUACAAAACUCUCUUGGAGCUGUUCCAUCUGCCUUUGACUGUUACUUGUGCAAUCGUGGUUUGAAGACACUACAAAUCCGGAUGAAACAACAUUUCCACAAUGCAUUAGCUGUUGCUCGAUUUCUUGAGUCAGAUUCCCGGGUGGAGAAAGUCAUUUUCCCAGGCUUGCCUUCACACCCUCAGCAUGAGUUGAUCAAGCGGCAGUGUACGGGCUGUCCUGGGAUGGUAACCUUUUACAUUAAAGGAAAUCUCAAACAUGCUGCUACCUUUCUCGAGAAUUUAAAGGUUUUUGCACUGGCUGAGAGUCUGGGAGGAUAUGAAAGCCUAGCAGAGCAUCCGGCCAUCAUGACUCACUCUUCAGUGCCUAAAGAAGACAGAGAAGCUCUUGGAAUCAGUGAUACAUUAGUUCGCCUGUCAGUUGGUUUGGAAGAUGAAGAAGACUUACUGGAAGACCUAGACCAAGCUCUGAAAGCUGCGUUUGCAGACCAUAAGGCUUGACGUUUAAAACCAGAACUUGGAAUUGAACAUUGAAAUGGCUAAAGAAGGUGACACAGAAAGCCAAAUUGCUAAUGAUUUUCCUUUGAUUUGCCUUUGAGAAUUGAAAUCUGUUCAAUCCAACGCUGGAUUCCUGGGGCACACAGUCUGUGCUCUCCUGUGGGUCCAUUUCUGUUGUAUUGUAAUCCUUUGGCUUUGGAUUUAUGGAGUAAAUAAGUUGUUUUUGAGAACAGCCAUGAUGCACACUCAGGAAUAUUAUCCCGGUUCUCUCAGUGGAGAUUAGUGUUUCUCAUUUGCCAUGCUAGUGCUGCAAGGGUGUUAGGUCAAAAGGGUUGGUUUCUGUUCCUGCUCCUCAGGAUGCACAAUUAAUUUUUCUCAUAUCUUCUAAUCCAACAGUCCAACGUAAAAACUGUUGAUUUAACUUAGAUUUUUUUUUUUUUUAAUUAGGUUGGAAAUGUGGUUAAAUGCUUUUUCACCUCUUGAUAUUUUAUGGAGUAUUGACAAUGAAGCAAAAUCCAAUACCUGGUAAACAAUAGUAACUUUCUAAAGAGGAUUCUUUCCUUUUUUUAAAAGAAUCAUGUAAUGUUAAUUGUGGUAAUGAUUUGGUUUAUAUUUGGAAUGCGACUCAUUUUAAUUAAAAUAUGCUUUGAAUUUC